UAAUUUUUUUGGUAAUGUACAGAUGAGCUAUAGAGAAGUAGAAAGAUGAACUAUAUUGAAAUAACACUUUAAUUUGAUAAAUACGUUUGUAUACAAUACAUUCUCUAUGAAGAAUGAACCCAGACAAGUAUCUUUAAAGUGAUGCAAAAAAGAAAAAAUAACAAGGGUUUUGUUUUGUUUGUUUUUUAAUUCCUUAAAAUAUGAGAUAUAUAUAGACACAAGUUGAGGCGAUUAAAUAAGACAGGACAGUGGUAACUCGAUAAUUGAGAGAGAGUCGCUUGAAAAACAUUGUGGGACAAUGCACGUGUAUUCUAAUAGAGAGUGUGUGUGUGUACAAGAGUAGAAUAGAAUAGACUAGCUUAAAGAAAAGGAAAGGAAUAAUAAUUUCCAUAGUAGCAGUUGACCAAGUACAAAACCCUUAAUUUCUAUGUUCUUUCCAAUCACUGGGCAUAAGAUUUGAGGUAUUAUGGGAGAAGAAGAGGUAUAGUUAGGUAUAUAGCUAGGAAGCAGACGAAUCAAAACACCAGUUCAAAUUGGAAGCAUUCCAAAAGUGGGAUAUGGAAGGAGAGAGAGCUGCUGCUACCAAUUAUGACCUUCAAGUUUCCUUCUCCAACACCCCACAACCCAUACACGAAUUGGGUUUUGUUCACUAUGAAGAAAACCAGCUCCUUGGUUUCUUGUCACCCUCUUCACAAUCUCAAUCCUUAAACUCCCAUGUAGUUGUUACUUCUGCCACUACAACUGCUCCAACCAUCGGAUUCAUGAAUCACACCAAAACUUGGAAUAACGACCAGGUCCAAACUCUGGAUCCAAAGCCUGUCGAUGAAGAAAACUGCACUGGAAACGCUACUGAAGGCAACAACAACUCUUGGUGGAGGAGCGCAGCUUCGGAGAAGAACAAGGUGAAAAUAAGGAGGAAGCUAAGAGAACCAAGGUUUUGUUUUCAAACAAGAAGCGAUGUAGAUGUGCUUGAUGAUGGUUACAAAUGGAGGAAGUAUGGCCAGAAAGUUGUCAAGAAUAGCCUUCAUCCGAGAAGUUAUUACCGUUGCACCCACAACAACUGCAGGGUGAAGAAGAGAGUUGAACGACUCUCAGAGGAUUGUCGUAUGGUGAUAACAACCUAUGAAGGAAGACACAAUCACUCUCCUUGCGAGGACUCAAAUUCAUCGGAGCAUGAAUGCUUUACCUCUUUCUAGGUCAAUGUUGGUCGUUAGGUUAUAAUCAUCUACGUGUACUUAUCAACUUAAUUAAGCCACUUUGAUUGAUACAUAUGUUGUCAUGUACUUGUCACAGAGUUCAACGUUCUUCAAAGUUGAAAUCUCUGUAUAUGUAUACUUAUUACAACUUUCCUUACACUUCUUUUUUCCAUAUUUUUCCUGUUUGGAGGGAACCAUUACCCCCAUAAAAAAUAUUGUUUGGUUCAUAUU